AUGUCUCCAGGAAACAUCGUGUUCGACCCACGUGGCGAUAUCAAACUUUGUGUCGGGGAAACAGACCCCGUCACCUUUACAGCCUGUUCAAGAGCUUUGGCUAGAACAUCGCCAGUCUUUGAGCGUAUGCUUUUUGGGUUAUUCAUGGAGUCGAAAACAACAAAUGGUGAAGACUGGGUUGUGAAACUCCCAGAGGACAAGCCGACAGCAUUAUCCAUCUUUCUACGCAUAUCACAUGGCCAAUUCGAUCAGGUACCCAGAACGUUAUCGAUAGACGACCUGUACGACCUUACGGUGUCGUCAAACUACUACGAUGGCACACAUAUGCUGGAACCUUGGAUAGGAAGAUGGAUGUCUUCGGUAGAGGAUAACGCAAAGGCGUCGAAGGUGUCUAUGGCUAAGGGCCUAUGGAUAGCAUGGGAAUUUGGCCGGAAAGACUCCUUUUGCAGAAUAGCAAGAAGAAUGCUCAUGGAAUCGGACGGUUCCGAAGAUCCCAAUCUCAGAAUGCAGCCGGACAUUAUAGAACGAAUAUCCGCAAUUCGUCUCAUGACCAUCCAAGCACUUCUAGACGUCAUUAGAAAGCUCGUCAACGAUUUACUCGUCGUUGAUGAGAAGCCCCGCUGGUGUCGACAUGCAGAGUGGAUGGGGCCGCAUCGCUGUGAAUCCAUGAUUCUGGGUUCGAUAACGUUUUGUCUCGCGCGAGGGGGCUUGUGGCCCUUACCUGAGGCGGAAGAUGUGAUGGAUAGUAUCGUUGGCCUGCGUCGUAAGAUGACAGUGUUGGUGGUCCAUGACAUUGGUAAGGUUGAUGGGGUUGAUCAUACACCCUGUAAUCCAGGGCCGUUCUUGCUGAGCGAAGUGGAAAGGGUCUUUAUUGAUAUUCGGAAUCCUGUCACAAAGGUUCACUUAGAAGCGAUGGAUAAGCAGUCGAAAAGACUUACGAAAGCAUGA